ACGUACGACGUAUAUAGACUCCGUACCUUGAUCAUGCAAAACCCAUCUCAGCCUUCGUUUCUCUCUUCUGUUGACUUCUCUUUCUUACCUACAGCUGAGUAAGUGCUCUCGCUUUUGGGUGUGCAUCAGAACAUGGCGAGGCUUGCAGAUCGAUACGAGCGUGUGUUCCGGUGCUUCGACGAGGAUGGAGACGGUAAGCUUUCGCCCUUGGAGCUGAGGCGGCAAGUGGGCUUGAUUGGUGGAGAGCUGCUCCUGGAGGAAGUGGAGGUUGCGGUAGAGUCGCUGGACUCGGACGGCGACGGCCUCCUGUGCUUGGAGGACUUCGUUGGGUUAAUGGAAGGCGGGGGCGAGGAAGAGAAGAUGGGUGACUUGCGAGAGGCGUUCGGAAUGUACGUGACGGACGGGUGCGAGUUCAUCACGCCCAAGAGCCUCAAGAGGAUGCUCUCUAGGCUCGGACAGUCCAAGACUGUGGAUGAGUGCGAGGCCAUGAUCUGUCAUGUCGAUCUCGAUGGAGACGGUGUGAUCAGCUUCGAUGAAUUUAAGGUCAUGAUGAUGUAGACAUUUCACUGUACAUGAGCUUGAAUUAUUGUUUGAUUUCAUAUUAUGGAACAUCCGUUCAUAUUGAGCUGUUCUUCUUGCUUCA